CGGGCUCGCAGGGCUCGGGGCUGCGGGACCAGCGCGUCGCCUUCAGCCCCGGGGACCCCGCACCCACCGCCCGCUCCUCUCGGCUGCGCGGCAGGACCCGCAGGACCCGCCCGUGAACUUUCCUGUUCCUCCCUGGAAUGGAGAUUUCUUCCCACCAGUUUCACCUCCUGGAGCAGCUCAACGAGCAACGGAAGCAGGACUUGUUCUGUGACUGCAAUAUCCUGGUGGAGGGCAAGGUCUUCAAGGCCCAUCGCAAUGUGCUGUUUGCCAGCAGCGGGUACUUCAAAAUGCUCCUCUCACAGAGCUCGAAGGAGACCACUCAGCCAACAACAGCUACUUUUGAGGUCUUCUCUCCAGAGACAUUUAUGGUUAUCCUGGACUUUGUGUAUUCAGGCAUAUUGUCCUUAACCGGUCAAAACGUGAUCGAGGUGAUGUCAGCUGCCAGCUACCUGCAGAUGACAGAGAUCCUGAAUGUCUGUAAGACAUUCAUUAAGUCCUCACUGGAUAUCAAUGAGAAGGAAAAGGAUCAUUACCUCAGCCUUUCGGCCAAAAGUACAAGCAGUGAACCAGCUCAUCCGCCCCUUUACCGCUCAAGAAGGAAAGCCAAGAGCAACCCAAGGCGCUCCUGUUCCAUCCCGGAUGAAAAGACUAGCGUGGCGAACGAAAACUCCUGGAGCAGCUACGGCAGCUGCCUGUCCUCGCAGGUGGUUCUGCAGCUGCCAGAGACGCAGCUCUCCAGAAGAGGCAGGAAACAGAGCGUGGCGAGGAAGCGCCGGAAGCACCUGGGGCUGUCCCAGAGCCGGGACAGCGCGCAGCACAAGGCGCAGCGGGGCGGCGGCGGCUCCUCUUCCAGCCACAUCGCCCGGGAAGAGGCGGAACUGGAUGCUGAGAAUGACACUGAUCGCGGGUACAAUCACACCUCGGAGGUGAUACCCAAGAGGUGGUCUGUUGACCAGCUGGAGCAAGAGCUUUCAAGAACUCCCGAGUUCAUGGAGCUCAAGGCAGAGGAGCUGUACACCUCAAUGCCCACCAUUUUAGGUGUCAUGAGUAGUUGGAACGAAGAUGACCUACCUCGGAUGCGAUUCAAGUGCCCCUUCUGCACGCACACGGUGAAGCGACGGGCAGACCUGAAGAGACACCUUCGCUGCCACACAGGGGAGAGGCCCUACCCCUGUGAAGCCUGUGGGAAAAGGUUCACCCGCCUGGAGCAUUUACGGAACCACUUCCAAACGAUACACCAGGCUGGCAAACUGAUCUGCAGGAAAUGCAAGCGCCACGUAACUGACCUAACGGGGUGUGUUGUUCAGCAAGGAACAAGACGCUACAGACUGUGCCAUAAGUGUCUGGCAGAAGCUAAUUUUGACAGCAUCCCCGAUGAUUUAGAUGCAGAACAUUCCCCUGACUCCUCCAAGGGAAACAAACAUUCCAAAUGGGCUUUGGAGGAGGAACAGAAAUCAGAUGAAGAGACAAUGGAGGAGGAACCAUAUAACUUGGUUGUCCGACAUGUUAAUAGUGAUGUUCCAGAUGAGGUAGAUGAAAAGGUGAAACCAAAUCUUAGGUAGAUAUAUUUGUGUAUUUGUUUCUGUUGUAUUCAAGAUUAAAUUGUCCUACCAACUAAUGCUGGUUUAUUACUUUCAUUAAAAUUAAAUACUGCUAAAAUUCUGUUAUGAGAAGCAAAACAUGGGCUACAAAAGAGGGUUUUUUUUGUCCUUACAGACAUGCAGCAGAGUAACUACUUCUAAAUAUAAUCCAGAAGGUUCUUAUUAUCUGGAAACUAAUUAGAAGAAUUGGUUUACAUUUCAUCAAAGACUUGCUAGAGCUCCUGUUCAUAAUAAAGAUGUGAUUUUUUAAAAAAACAAAUAUUGAUAAUUUGCUUUGAAAAUGUCUUAAUAAAGUAAGCAGCCAAGAAAUAUAAGCCACAUUUUUGUUGAUGCUGCAAUUAACAUAUAUAAACACUUCAGAAACUUCCUAAGAGGAAAGAAAACAAGUGGAGGUCUUCCUGCUGAAGAACAGGAUUAUGAGAGCUUUGUCUUCUGAGUGAGGUUACUGCUUCUUAUGGUUCAGAAAAGCAUGAGUAGUUUUAAAGA